ACUCGAACAGGCCACCAGUGGAGUGUUUCGCGCUUAUUCUCUAUCGUCUGUUGGCGCUCUGGACUUGGAGGACAGGAUCUCUGUUGUCGCUUGUUCUUUGGGAAAAGUAUCCGCAUUCUACUUUAAAAGUACCAUCGUAAUCUGCUCCACCCACUACCAAAUGCCUUGCCGACGCCUUAGGGUGGUGAUUUCGUGAGAUCCCCGGAAAACCGCUCCGGGCGCUGGAAUGUAUAAAGAGGACCCUCCAAAUUGCACCUUAUCCCUGUGCUUCCUCUCUCCACCCCCGCAUCUGUACAGCUAUCUCGUUGUAUACGUACCGAGUCUAUUUUUGUCUCUCCUACAUCACGCUGCCAGUGUCACUCAUGGCCUCUGAUAACGAGAAGCCUCGACAUGUUCACCAUGACGCUUCCGACUUCGAGAAGGAUGUCGCUUCUUAUGACUUCAAAUUACGGGGAAGAAAAUUGACUGCCGCCAUCGCAUUCAUCAGCGGCACAGGAUUCACUCUCUUCGGUUAUGAUCAAGGUGUUAUGUCCGCCCUGCUGACCGCCAACCAGUUCGACAAAGUGUUCCCACAGGUCAUCGUUAACUCUGCUCAUCCGAAACACGCGACACUACAAAGUUUCGUGGUGGCAAUAUAUGAGAUUGGAUGUCUAAUUGGAGCGUUGUCCAACCUUUGGCUCGGCGACAAGCUCGGUCGUCGCAGAACAAUGGUUCUUGGCGCUAUCAUCAUGACUAUUGGUGCUAUCCUGCAGACAGCGUCUUUCAGCUAUGCCCAAAUGGUUGUUGCCCGGAUUAUAACCGGCGUAGGUAACGGUCUCAACACAUCCACUGUACCAGCCUAUCAUGCGGAAUGUUCUCCUGCUGCUAAACGAGGAAGCUUGAUCAUGAUUGAAGGCGCACUCAUUGCCUUUGGCAUCAUGAUAUCGUAUUGGAUCGAUUUUGCGCUAUUCUGGGCUGGCAAUUCAUCUGUCCAAUGGCGUUUCCCAAUAUCAUUCCAAGUUUUCUUUGCUGCGGUGAUGGCCGUGGGUGUUAAUUUCCUGCCUGAAUCCCCCCGAUGGCUUAUCAAAGUUGGUCGUAAAGCCGAAGCCCUAGCCGUCAUUUCUGCCCUUGAUGACAAGCCCGCCAAUGACCCAGAAGUGCAGCAAACUUUCAAGGCCAUCAGUGAAGCCGUUGAACUUGAAGACGGAAAUACACCCACCGGCAAAGUAGCGCUCAAUGAAAUAUUUACUGGAGGACGUGGCCAGAACUUGAGGCGGGUCAUUCUGGGUGUUGUUGUUCAAGCCUUCCAACAGCUCACCGGCAUUAACUUGAUCACGUACUAUGCUACCAUACUUUUCGAGCGUCUAGGUCUCUCGGAUGUCAAGUCGCGCAUCCUGGCUGCCUGCAACGGCACUGAAUACUUCUUCAUCGCGCUUCUACCCCUCGUAUUGAUCGAUCGGGUUGGACGAAGGAAACUUAUGCUUUUCGGCGCCAUAGGCCAAUGUAUAACUAUGGUUCUGUUAGCCGUUCUAGGAGAGGUGGACAAUUCACCGGCACAAAUCAUCAGUGCAGUGCUUUUAUUUGUAUUCAAUUCGUUCUUUGCCCUUGGUUGGUUAGGCAUGACUUGGCUUUAUCCCGCCGAAAUUGUUGGUCUGCGUAUGAGAGGCCCUGCCAACGCUCUGAGUACAGCGAGCAAUUGGAUAUUCAACUUCUUGGUUGUCAUGAUUGUAGGACCCUCCUUUGAAAACAUCAACUGGGGAACAUAUAUUGUAUUUGCUUCUCUUAACGCCAUGAUCGUCCCUAUCGUCUAUCUCUUCUUUCCAGAAACGGCGGGAAGAUCACUCGAAGAUAUGGAUGUUAUUUUCGCGAUCGCCUACAACGAAAAGGUCUCCCCGGUGGCUGUUUCGUUACGGAAAGACAUUCCAGCCGCCGGAACUCCCGAAGCUGACAGAAUUCUUGGAUUUACCAGUGCGAUGUCCUCUCGAGAGGACAUUCGGGAAAUUCGUGAACACCACGAACCUGAUGGCAAAGUGUAAUCCUAUGAAAUAUUGCACGAUUGGAGCGCGAAAUUAGCACCAUAGACCCUAGGGAUGCAUACUGUAUAUUAGGUAGAAUUCGCGCUUCUUACACGAGACAUGCCCGUCUAUACUGUAUAUUCAUUCAAUGAUAUUGAUGUUCAUCUUCGCUUGUAUUCACA